AUAAAAUCUAAUAAAUGACGAAUUUAUUAGAAAUUCAAGGUUAUCAUGGUGAUAGAGAUUUAGUCGAUAUACCAGAAACAGGUGAAGCUAUAUAUGAUGAGCCACAAGAUCCAGAUACCGAAUUCGCUCGUACUUUACAUAGAAUUUGGCAAGAGAAAGGCGAUUUUAGUCAAGUGAGCUCAAAUAGCUUAUUAGAGGAUCAAUUGCGUGAAUUGAAUGACGAUGAUAAGCAAUCUGAACCUGAGGAUGAUCAACCGCGAGAUGAUUCACUUACUGCAAAUGACGUUUUAGAAUUGAAACAAUCAGUUUUAAGAAAUUUAGGAGAUGCUCAAAAUGAAUUGGCUGUUGCUUUAGAUGUCGUCAAUUUGUUAUUAUCAGAUACACCACGACAUUUAAAUGAGGAAAUGCAACUCCCAAUACCUAAACAAUCACUUGGCGUGGCCUCAAUCGAAACUACUGAACUCACUUCUUAUCAAGCUCUCAAAAAGUCGAAAAUAUCUAUCACUACGAAAACUGAAUCAUUGCAAUCUGCUGCUGAUAUCUUUGAAAGAGCAUCAACUCAAAUCGAGCAAGUUAAUAACCAGAAUGAUACAUUUUGGAGUGAUUGUUUAUCCUUACGUGAUAAUAACUGGUCAUUAAUACCGUCGUCUAAUAUCAGAGAAUCAGCUUUCGAUUUGGAGAAGGCAGCUAAGGACUUGAAGGUCUCAUAUGCAAUCGAUGAAGCUUCUAACGAAAUAAAGUCGGUUUCAACCUCUUCGUUUGAUAUUAAACCAUCUAAAACGGGUAAAUCGAAGUUAAAUAUACCUAGUCGUCGCAGCAAACGUCUUAAAUUAUCAAUAAUAAACGGUAGUACUGUUGAGAUUUGUUCUCCUUCAAAGUCAAGCGAUAAUAUAGAUGAUCUUGCCCAAAAUGAAAACGAAAGAAUUACCUCUUUAUUGGAUUCUUUGAACAACGCUCAAGAUGCAUCCUUUGAUGAGGAUUGUUUCGCUGAUCUAUUAACUGAAGCUAAUCAGAUACCUAUAGUCAUAACUUCAUCAGCAGAAUUCAUAGCUAUUGAGCUUGAUGCAAAUCGACAGCUUACAUUAGAACUUGUUGGAGAGGAAGAGUUCAUCAAAGAUGAUGAAAACAUAUCGGUUAAAUGUGACGUUUUGCUUUUUGGAUUGAAGCUUUUGCGGUUGAGGUCUUAUAGGAAUCGGGCAAAUGAUACAAACCAGGUGAUGAAGAAUCUUCUUGAUCUCAUUCAUUAUGAAAGCUUUCUAGAAGACUUGAAGUCGUUAUUCGCUCGAAUGACAAACCUUUUGAAGUUGUUUAAUGUCUUGGAGGCAGGCUACUACAUGCAGAAGACACAUGCUUCAGAUAUUUUGGGUGUCUUUUUCGACGAGAAAAUGCCUUCAAUUAUAGGGACUCAAGCGCAAAUUAAUUUUGGAAGAGGCUCGAAUAAAAUCAUGAAUUUGACACUCAAUUCACCGAAUACGGUUUAUGUACAAUCGGGACAGUAUCUACAGCGGACUACAAUCUCACAACUAAAGACUUUAGUAUUUUCUGAUACAGAAGUGGCUUUACUAAACGCUAUCCGCGGAAUUUGCUCUGGUUUGGGAAACAAAUCUAUUUGGUUGAUCGAUGAAAUUGACCGUUGCGUGAUAGGAAAGAAGGCAGAAGAGCAAAUCUCGAUACGUCCUCUCAUCACAGAUAAAGGAUGUGACUUGAUCGUUCACUCGAUUAACAAACAAGAAGUAUUCAGCAUCAGCAGUAAUACUCCAGUUUAUAAUAUAGAAUUGACGAAUUGGCUCAGAUUACAUGUAAACUAG